CUUUUUACGACACGUUUCACUUUACGGCACUGCACAGGGUUUUCCUGUUGAAAAUGGCUUCGUCGUUUUGGAAAGGUGUCGUCGGCGUUGGACUUUUUGCCUUAGCACACGCAGCUUUCUCAGCGGCACAACAUCGAUCUUACAUGCGACUAACAGAGAAGGAAAACGAAACUCUGCCAAUCGACAUUGUGCUCCAGACAUUACUGUCAUUCGUCAUGACCUGCUACGGCAUUGUCCAUAUCGCUGGGGAGUUUAAAGACAUGGAUGCCUCCUCAGAGCUCAAGAACAAAACGUUUGACACACUGAGGAAUCAUCCAUCUUUUUACCUUUUCAACCACCGAGGACGAGUGCUGUUCCGCACUGCCGAGGAAGAGCCAUCCUCUCAGCAAGCGCUUCCAAAUCCGUUACGGCUCCGCAAGCUGGAGUAUUUGCACUGAGACUGGCCUUUUCCCUGCCUGUGAAAUUACUCAUGUUGGUUCGGAUUUUUUUUUUGUUGUUGUCAUUAGACGGAAGGGGCAGAGUCACGACUCACCAUCCCCUAUUUUUUUGAUCAUGCAUUUGUACAUAAAGUAUCAGUCAUGCUGUACAAACGUGCACCUCUUUUCACUGAAGUAGUCGCUUCCACCAGUGUGCCAACCCUUCAGUUGAUUUGUAUAUACAGUAUGGAAAUGCUUUGGAGUCUUGCAUACAGAGGCAUCUUAGCCAUUUGUGUCCCCCACGACACGACCUGGGAUAUUUCUCUCCUUUGCACUGAAUAUUCUCUGUAUGAAGGGUAAAUAAAAGAAGCCGUUUCAUUUCAUCCAUUUUUCAUUGUCUUAGGCCAGGGCAGCCUUUAGUUUCAACAUUUAGUUUUUAAGUUUAGCUCCCUGAAGCAGAAGGUUCCUGUUAGAUUUGUGUGGACCGGACAUGGGGGGCGCUGGGGGGGGGGGGGUUGACUCAUCCCUCUUGACUUGGAAGAGAAAUGAUUGGUACAUCUGUUUUCAUUGACAUUUUAUUAAUAUAUAAUUUAAUAAAAGCAACCGAAUUUUACUC